CUCUGUACAAUAAAUGCAAAUCAGUACGGAGCACCACAUGAUGAAUAUCGAAUUCUCAAUAUUUUAGUUGAAGAUUCAUGUUUUUUCCACAAUUUACAUGAUGGACGGUCUUUCUGUGGCGACCUCAAUAUUGACUCGAGCGGUGACACUGGACACGAAUCAACGUUUCACAGAAUCCCUUGUUUGCUACCAGGAGGGAAUCAACGUGCUGAUUGAAACUCUGAAAACCGUUCCGAACGAUGAUCCAAAAAAGAACAAGAUCCGUUUAAAGACAGAAGAGUACAUGUCCCGGGCAGAGAAGGUCAAGCAACACAUUGAAGAGUUAAAAAAUACUGGAAACUAUAGAGAACAAAUCCAAGUACCUGAGGAUAGUAUUGGAUUUUCAUACAGAUCCGUUCUUCAUCGAUUUUUGAAUGAAGAUGUCAAAUCUGUAGAAAUUGACGACCCUUACGUCCGAUCCCCUCAUCAAUGUGAUAAUUUUGUCAGAUUUUUAGAACUUUGCAUACAAAGCUGUUCUAAAUUAAGGGUUGUAAAACUGGUGACUGGAAGAGAUGGAAAUAACCCUACAGAUCAAGUGAAACGUUUGGAAACCAUUCAAGACUCUUUGCAAAAGAUUUCUAAAAAAUCUAAUAAAGACCAAGUUCGCUUGUUCAUAGAAUAUUCCGACUCUUUACAUGAUAGAGAAAUAAGACUAGAUAACGGAUGGGUCAUAAAAAUUGGCAGGGGUCUUGACUAUUUCAAACAAUUGGACAGAUUUCAUAUAGGAUUUACUGAUUUUGACUUUAGGCCUUGUCGUUCCACUACGAUUGAUGUAUUUCACAAGAAGGAAUUGCAGCAAAUUAAAUGAGUUACUGAUAUUGUCUAUGCCAAGAGACCUUAUUUAAGUUCCAUCAUACAUGCAUAUGUACAUAUAUACGCAUUAUAUUUUACAUUAAUAAUAAUAAAACGUGAAUUUUAAAAAUUUA